AGAGAUGCCAAACUCUGGGCGAGUGGGAUGAGCCGAGCAGAUGCUGGGAUGAGAUGCCAAGGCAGCUCCCCUUUCCCCUGCGCUUUCGGGCGCUUAUAAAUUACCCCGGCGGCGCCUCUGCCAGCCUCCUCUCGUCGUGGCUGCGCGCGCUCCGACGAGCCUGUGGGCAGCUCCCGGCAGCGGAACCGAGCGGCUCGCGGACCCCGGCAGCUUCAGCUAGGAAGGCGGCCAAGGCGGACGGCGGGGAGCGCCCCCCCCUCUCUCUCUCCAUCCGGCUGUGGCGCGAGCAGGAUUUCCCCAGGAAUCUCCGAUCCCGCUCCCCUCGCCGAGCUGGUGUAGCUGACUGCUGAAGAGACAGAAUGAAUGAGUGACGGAAAGAAGGGGUUGGAAAAAGGAGAGGGGGAGAGGUGAAGAAAAAAAAAACAACAACCCCGCGGGAAGGCAGCGAGAGAGGCGACCGGGAGGAGCAGAAGAAGGGAACUUGAUUCGAGCUGGCACAGGCGGGGGGAAAAGUCGAUCGCCAGCAGCAGCAUAAAAGUGUGCGCGGCUCCUCUCGAGGGGAGCAGCGGCGGCGGCGGCGGCGGCAGCCACAGGUGCCCCCGACGGGGAGCGAGGCUCUCGGGACUCGGCCUGGGGGAUCGGGCGAAGGAGCCCUUCCGGCCGCGAGGAGGAGCACGAGGGCGAGCAGCCCCCUGGGACGCGGGGAAGGUGCCCCGCGAGGAUUUCGGCUCGAGGAGGUUCCCGUCCCGCCAUCAAGAUUUUGUCCAAAAGCAGGCAAGAGGAUCGCCCUGCGCUGAGCCGCCUGGUGGGCAGCAGGCGGCGGCUGAUCGCGGCCGGAGCGCUGGGGGUGGUCAUGGUGCUGCUGCUGGUCAUCCUCAUCCCGGUGCUGGUCAGCUCGGCCGGCACGUCGGCGCACUACGAGAUGCUGGGCACCUGCCGCAUGGUGUGCGACCCCUACGGCGGCACCAAGGCGCCCAGCACGGCCGCCACCCCGGACCGAGGCCUCAUGCAGUCGCUGCCCACCUUCAUCCAGGGCCCCAAGGGGGAGGCCGGCCGGCCGGGCAAGGCCGGGCCCAGGGGGCCGCCGGGGGAGCCCGGCCCGCCGGGGCCCGUGGGCCCGCCGGGGGAAAAGGGAGAGCCCGGGCGCCAGGGCCUGCCGGGCCCGCCCGGGGCGCCGGGCCUGAACGCGGCCGGGGCCAUCAGCGCCGCCACCUACAGCACCGUGCCCAAGAUCGCCUUCUACGCGGGCCUGAAGCGGCAGCACGAGGGCUACGAGGUGCUCAAGUUCGACGACGUCGUCACCAACCUGGGCAACCACUACGACCCCACCACGGGCAAGUUCACCUGCUCCAUCCCCGGCAUCUACUUCUUCACCUACCACGUGCUCAUGCGCGGCGGCGACGGCACCAGCAUGUGGGCCGAUCUGUGCAAGAACAACCAGGUGCGAGCUAGUGCCAUUGCUCAGGAUGCAGACCAAAACUACGACUAUGCCAGCAACAGCGUUGUUCUACAUUUGGAGCCAGGAGAUGAAGUCUACAUAAAAUUAGAUGGAGGGAAAGCACAUGGAGGAAACAACAACAAAUACAGCACAUUUUCUGGAUUUAUAAUUUAUGCUGACUGAUAAUUAAGUGAAACACAAAAUCACAUUCUUCUAAGUGAUGGAUUCACGUGGCAAAAAACACAAAAUCGAUGAAUCAAGAACCCCAGAGGAUGCUGGCCGAGGGACACCUCAUGGGGCAAAAUGCUACCUGACUCACAUCUGUACAACCCAGAGAGUGUGUUUUAAAAAAAAUAUAAAGCAAGUUAAACAGAUGUGUGAUCCACUAUCGCCAAAGCAAAAUACUCCUUGUUGUUAGUGUCCAUGUGAAUGAAGUCCUAUAUAGAUCACAACUUUUAUAGAGGGGAAAAAAAAUCUUUAAAGCACUGAAUUAUUUCUUCGGCAUAUAUGAUACUUUUGGUGUGCUAUGAUCUUGCUGCUUUUAUCCAUCCAUCAGCUUUGGUACUUGUGACUUACCUGCUAACUAUGAUGCGUGUGGAUCCAACUCAUAGUAUGUGGUGAGGAAUGAUUUUACAAUAAAAAGAAGAUGUAAUUGAA